AUGUAUGCUUUGAAAGUUGCAAGUGUUAUGAAAUUUAAGCCUUUUAACAAUAUUAAUUCGAGUGUAUAUAAAAAUCUAAUUUAUAAUUGUUAUAAUAAUUCGAAGUGUCUUUGUACAAGCUCUGUGUUAGGAAAAUAUAAUAAUAGAAUUGUAAAUGAAAAUGAGGUUAGAAAAUAUAAAAGUGUUACAGAAAACAAUUCCACAAGACAAAUCUUAAAUUCAACAUACUUACUACAAUCUUUCAAGUCUAAUUCAUUACCACAUAAAUCUCGUGGUAUAUCUACAAGUGCCCUUGAUAAAUCCCAAUCUAAAAACAAACCAGAUUGGUCUCGAGCAGUUAGUGAAGCUGAAAAAGUUGUAGGCUAUCCUACAUCAUUUUUAAGUCUACGCUGGUUAUUGAGUGAUGAAAUUGCUAAUGUCGCUUUGCAUCUGAGAAAAUUGGUGGGAAGCAACCAUCCUUUGCUAAAAACUGCCAAGAGUUUACUCUAUAAUGGUAAAUCUACCACAAUGCAAACAUGGGGUCUUAUUGUUUUGCUUGUUUCAAAAGCAGCCGGACAAGUAGAGAAAUUCGAUGAUAUGGAACAAGAUAAAGCUGCAGGAGUCUUGCACAGUCAACGAGCUUUAGCUGAGGUUACAGAAAUGAUUAGAACUAGCCAUUUAGUUCAUCAAGGACUUGUAAAUUUAAAAACUGAAGGUGAUAAAUUUUAUAACAAUGUUAAUUCGAAUGAAAUUACAGCCGAUGAUAAAACUAAUGGCGAAAAUUUAAAUGAUAUGACUUUUGGAAACAAAAUUGCACUAUUGAGUGGGGAUUAUUUAUUGGGAAACAGUUGUGUGGAAUUAGCAAAUUUAAGAAAUCAAGAAAUAGUUGAGCUUAUAUCAUCAGCAUUGAGAGACUUGUCCGAAUCUGAAUUUAUUGGCAUCAGAGACCAGCAAAAUAUUCCCUUACCUUUCAGACCCAAAAGCCAAUUGAGUUCUAAGUUUUCGGCAAACAAGUUGAAAUUAAAUUAUUCUGACAAAGACUCUGAAGCAAAUAUCACAGAAAUUUUUGAGACUUUUGAAAAUGAAAAAAAUACCUGUAGUGAUGAAGAAGAUAAUUUGAAAUCUAUAACUUUAGAAAAUGCUUUUGAUAAUCCUGCAAGCGAAUGGGAGUUGAGACAUAUAUUAUCUGCAGGAAGCUUGUUAGGUAAAAGUUGUCAAGGAGCACUUAAACUUGCUGGACAUCCUCCUGAAAUGCAAAGACAUGCAUAUUUAUUUGGAAGACAUUUAGCCCUGGCUUGGCAAGCUUGUAUAGAUUUGGAACCGUUUCAAUCAACGAAAUGGCCUUCAACACAAAGAUUCUCUUUAGUGAGUGCUCCUAUACUAUUCCACUUAUGUUUACAUCCAGAAUUAUACGACAGAGAAAUCACCAAAGGCUUGGAUAAUGUUGAAAACAUCGACUACCAACAAAUUCGUGAAGAGGUAGCCCGCUGUGGUGUAGGAGUAGCUUUAACUCGCCAUUUACAAAAAAGACAUGCUGACCGAGCCAAGAGAGUCUUGCUAGAACUUUUGCCCAAAAAUGAUGCCACAUGUGCUUUGAAUAACAUUCUAGGAGCCAUGGAAGAUUUGUGAAUGAUAAAAUAGUAAUCGAAAGCUUCCAGUAAAAAUGACAAUAGAAUCUCUUAGCAGUAUUUGCUUGUAUGAAUUUGUGUGUGUGUGUGCGUGUGGAUUAUUUUUAGUUACUUAAUUUAUA